AUCAAAGUGUCAUCGUUUCUAAUUCAAAUGCUUCGUUCUUUUUAUAUCCAGCUCUUCUAACGCUCUCCUGUUUCGUCGACAUUUUACUCAUACCCAAAUUUCAUCACCAUCUCUUAGCUCACAACCUCAACCUCGGCCGCCCAGACCUUGGCACUCUCCGCUGAUGCUUGGCUGGCCUUUGGCCCCUCCCAUCCCGGUUUCUUGAGAAAAGGGAGCUUUUAAAAAGGUCAUCAUUUCGCGCUCGACUAGUUCUUGUCUUGACUUGUCUGCGCAUACCUUGACGAUAACCCUUGUUUGCGCGCGCAUCUUUGCAACCGCGAUCAUCGCCCUGCAUUUCCACAAGCUCUGAUUGGCUAGACUGGCCUCUACAAACUCUUUUUAUCCCUGCGCGACGAGCUAGUCAAUCAUGUCCCCACGCUCCAAGUCAAUUUGGCUGGCGUUGUUGGCUGCGAAUAGCUUCGCAUGUGCUAGUGAGGAACCGCCUGCUGUAACGACAGCGCCUAUUUAUCUGCCCUAUUACGACGAAGACUCGUGGUCUCUUGUGCGCGGUAGCGUCAUCUCAAGCGAUGCGGAAGCUAAGGAAACAACAUACACAAUAUUCUGUCCAGAUACAGACGACUCAGACCCUCCAGAGUGUGAUUUAUCCCUUGAGUUCCCUUUCGUUUUAGUCGAAGGACCUGAUACUGUUCGGUUCCAUGGCACGCACACCUCAAGACUCACCGCAAAUCUAGAGUGCAACCUACAAGGCACGACAAGGGCCACUUGUUCCGGAUACUCUAGUUUCAACGAGGGCUAUAACGAUGGCGUGCACACAGGUCCAACCGAAGUGACCUGGACAUCAACUUAUUCCGGCAGCGAAGUAGAAUGGGGUGUCCUGACAAUGGGCGAACUGCCCCAUGACCCGGACCCUGUUACCGCAGUCUCGAGUACACCGACGGACUUCGUGUCCAUGCCGAUAGCUACAAACGGCGAUAAUGCUGGAGUAAGUUUGAGCGUCUCCUUCAAGGCUGCUUUACUUGCUGCUUGUUGCACUUUAGUGGUUGGUUGGACUCUUUAAGAACUGGUCCGUUUAUUAAUGAGAACACGAUUUAUGAUGGGUUUCGGGAGCAAGCGAGCAAUUUUCUUUGUUAAAUUUUGAUCAUUUUUAAUACAUUAUGCUCUCAUAUUAGCUAAGAUUAGCCAAAAAUGAUAGCAAAUUUGACGAGCCAGAGUAAUAUUGUCCU